AUGGGAUCCACGCAAUUGGGCGCAACCCAUGGGCGCCAGAUGUACAACAGUGAUACUAAUGAGGCAGCACUCUGGUUAACUGCAUCAAAGACCAAUGGGCACAACAAUGGGAUCCGCGCAAUUGGGCGCAACCCACAACAGAGUCUCGGCCCAGUCAUUGCCAAGGCCGAAUUUUUGACAGCUCGGCCGAGUCCGCUGGCCCACUUUGUUGGUGGAAAUAAUGGGUCUGCUUGGGUCUACGACUCCUGCGUAGGUCUACUUAUGGUUCUUCCACAUGGACAAGAUGGAUACCUUAUCAUCACAGGCUCCUCGGACUCAAACAGUGCUGCCAUCAAGGUUUGGGAACCUGCUAAGGUUGAGAAUGUGAUCCCACCGGUCCAGGUCCAAGCCCAACCUCACCACGCCACAUCUAACUCCUUGAAAUUAUGGCAGGCCAUUGCACUGGUUGUGACCUUGUUGGUUGUUCACCCCAUGAGUAACUUUGAUUAUCCUACCAUUUUCCAAGUAUGGCUUCAAUACGGAUUUUGA